UUGCACACAGUUCCAUGGAGCAGUUUUGUCUCGUUGAUCACCUUGCAAAGCCAGUCCAAUAGUGCUUGUCUCACUCUUCAUAUAAUUGAUGUUUGAUGCGAUGAUAGCGUACUCGUUUCUUUGUCACUACAUGCAAUACCCUUAUUAUUUCCCUCCUAUGUUUCUUUGGCGCUACUAUAUACUUUGAGAUUUCUUUCACUUUUUCUCGUCAGAUUCUCUCACUCCUUAGCUUCAUCUCAUUCCUUACCUCAGCAUCAUAAAUCAAAGGUUUCAGCAGAUCCUGUGGACAUCAUAACUAAAUAUUGUGAAGAUGGAUAAGAUAACUAAUGUUACUGAGUAUGAGGCAAUUGCGAAGGAAAAAUUGCCAAAGAUGAUUUAUGACUACUAUGCAUCAGGGGCAGAGGAUCAAUGGACUUUGAAAGAGAACCGAAAUGCAUUCUCAAGGAUUCUGUUCCGACCACGUAUUCUUGUUGAUGUAAGCAAGAUAGACUUGACUACAACUGUAUUGGGCUUCAAAAUAUCAAUGCCUAUCAUGAUUGCUCCUACAGCCAUGCAAAAGAUGGCUCACCCUGAAGGAGAAUACGCUACUGCUAGAGCAGCAUCAGCAGCUGGCACAAUCAUGACACUGUCCUCAUGGGCUACUUCUAGUGUUGAGGAGGUUGCUUCAACAGGACCCGGCAUUCGUUUUUUCCAACUUUAUGUGCUUAAAGACAGAAACGUGGUUACUCAGCUUGUGAGAAGAGCUGAAAGAGCUGGUUUCAAGGCAAUUGCUCUUACCGUGGACACUCCAGUUCUUGGUCGUAGAGAGGCUGACAUUAAAAACAGGUUUACAUUGCCACCGCACCUCAUAUUGAAGAAUUUUGAAGGAUUGGAUCUUGGAAAGUUGGACAAGACUAAUGACUCUGGUCUUGCCUCUUAUGUUGCUGGGCAAAUGGAUCGAUCACUCAACUGGAAGGAUGUCAAAUGGCUUAAAACAAUCACUUCAUUGCCAAUUUUAGUGAAGGGUGUACUUACUGCUGAAGAUACAAGGAUCGCCAUACAAGCUGGAGUUGCUGGAAUCAUUGUUUCCAAUCAUGGAGCUCGCCAACUCGACUAUGUCCCAGCAACUAUUAUGGCUUUGGAAGAGGUUGUGAAGGCUGCAGCAGGAAAAGUUCCUGUUUUUCUGGAUGGUGGAGUUCGCCGAGGGACAGAUGUUUUUAAAGCACUGGCUCUUGGAGCAGCUGGUGUAUUUAUUGGAAGACCUGUGGUGUUCUCUUUGGCUGCUGAUGGUGAGGCUGGUGUAAGAAAAGUACUUCAGAUGCUUCGUGAUGAGUUUGAACUGACUAUGGCACUAAGUGGUUGCCGUUCACUUAAGGAGAUAACUCGUGACCAUGUUGUGACAGAGUGGGAUACCCCAAGAAUUGCUCCCAGGUUAUGAGAUGACAUUCGUUCAGCUUGUUUACCUAUAUGGUUGGAGCCUAAGAGGUUUCACAUCAAGAACCUGAUAAUAGUAGGAAAUUUAGAAUGAGCUUUCUUCUUAUUUCAUGCUUCAAUAGAAAACUGUGUUAAAAUCAUAA